AUGGUAGCUUCUGAUUCACGGCCAAUGAGACUCCGCUUGCGAGCUGAACUCUUUUUGGCAUCAUUCGCAGUGAGAGAAGAGAGCAUACGCAGUGAAGAAGGGGGUGGAGCUUAUAUUUCAAAGUAUAUUAAAGGUAUUCUAAAAUCAAGAUUAUCCCGACGUGAGCAGUCACGCUGGAAUAUAAUAGAUGAUACAACUUCUAUGGCUUUCUUUGAAGAAUUUUCGUCUCUUAAUCCAGUUUUUCAUACUUUCUUAUUUUACGGGAGGCUACCCUCUCCU